CCCCUGCUCCUGGCUGGUGCUGUCAGCCCGAGCGGGCUGCGGGCCGCCUUUUGCCCCCGUCGGCCGCGGCCUGAAAAGAGGAGGCGUGCGGGCUCUCCGCUGCCCGCUGUCGGCUCCCGCGGAAGAGGGAGAGCGCCGGCUGCUUCUGGUGAGGAAGGACAGGCGCCCUGUCCCUGCCUGCGGGGUGCGGUCACUUCUCCCUUCCGCCCUGCAGCGGGCGCGGCGGCCAUGGCGCUGGUGCUGGAUCUCCUCAGGCGGGUGCUGGAGUACUUCGGCUGGCCGCCCGACCAGGCCAUAUUUUUGGAAAGUCGCAUAUUCGGCAGGAGUAUCAGUCAUACAGUCAGAACGUGCCUUCCCUCAGCAAUCGCAUCAAGAAGGCAUUUCCAGCAGUUAUAUGCAGUCCUAAGGAAGUGUCAAGUCAAGGUCACAUCUUUUUACCAAAAGAAGGAAUAUGGAUCUACUCGAAGUGUUGUUCGUAGACUUGGAACAAUUCUUUCCUUAAAGCUCUCCCCAAGACCUUAUUUUCAACUUGUUCAAGACCCAAGUCCAUUGAGUUACCAUGAACAAAGUAGAGGUCCAGCUCCUGUAGCCCCAUCACUUGCUGAUGUCCUGUGGGUGGCAAAUGAUGAGGGACAAGCAUAUACUAGACUUAGGACUGAAUUAUGGAGAAAAGAAAAAAGUACAGCUUAUUGUGACCUACAUCCAUCUGUAGGUUCAAUAAAAAGUGUUCCAAAAAACAUUACACAAAAGGACAGCCUUGUUGAUCAAGUAGCCCUACAGAAGAUUUCUGCGCUUGAAGAUGAGCUGACUUUUCUUCGCAUGCAGAUUGCUGCGAUUGUUUCAGCGCAGACAUUGGGAAGCGUUCCCUCAAAACUCUUUAAAACAUUCAACACUCCAGAUGGAUUUUACCCAGUGCCAGCCAUGACUUCUACACCAUUGUCUGUGUCUCACAAUCACUUUGUAAUCCCCUCACCUCCUCCGCUUCCUUCUGGUGCACCAUCUGGUGUUGGUGCUAGUAAUUCAGCAAUUGAACUUAUAAAACAACGUCGUGCUACAAGAAACAGUGGUUCAACUGCAGCUGAUAGUGCUGAUCCCCAGAGGACAAAGACUGUUCCUAGUAUGAUGGAUGUUUUGAAAGACCUAAACAAAGUUCAGCUGAGAGCUACUGAGAGGUCACCUGGAGGUACUCCUCUUUCUAGACCCAAAAAGAGGCAAAGUUCAGGUUGGGAUCCAGUUGCUGUACUAACUCAUGCACUAAAGCAGAAAUUUGCACAUAGAGAUGAUGAAGAUGAUUCUUUGGACAAAGAAAAUCGAUCUUUUGAAAGCUCCCCAUUUUCUAGUCCAGAGAUCCCACUGGUUGGACAUUGCAGUCUGAAGCCAAAUGCAAAAUCGAGCCUUAUAAGAACUGAUGAAGUUGAUCAGGUAUCAACGUGGAAAGUGAGAGCUCAUAUUUAACUGAUGGAGACUUCUGAAGAAAUUUAAUAGCGUGUAUAAGUGGCAGGUCCACUUUGAAAUUCCUGUAAGGUGCUGUUCUAGGACAUGUCUCUUCCAGGCUGUUGAAGUUUGGGUUGCAGAGUUUCUAAAAUUGCCUCUUCCUUCUCCUUUGUUUCCUGUUGGAGUGAAUAAAGGACCCUGCACUCUGAUUCAAUGUGAAUCACACUAGAGCCUUUUAUUACAGAAACAAGCCUCCUUAUAUAUGCAACUAUUCUCUGAUUACGCAUCCACGCUCCAGUCAUGCAUUCACUGAUUGGAUAUCAUCUAUGUUCAUGAGCUGUCCACAUGCUGGAGUCUCACUGCUGAAGGGUCUGUGAUUUACAUCAUGUUAGGGCCUUGUUAUUGUAGAAGUGCUUCUCUCCCAUGGCAGGUCCUGUUUUCAGCUUUUGAGUUGGCCAUGAAAUUCCUUUGGGCCUGGCUGGUUCAACAACAAAUCUCCAUCUAACAGAAACCCCUCCACAGUUUCCCAGCAGCCAAACUUGUGAAUGUGAUGCACACAGCCAAAACAAGGUUUUUAUUGCUAUGGUGCAGUGUGUUUGAAACCUGGGAGAUGCAGGCAAUAAGUGUAUGUGAAAGAAAAAUAAUUAUUAGUGUGGCAGCUGAGGUGUGCACUCUGUUUGCAGUUCAGUGUAAAAAAUGAAGAAGUGCAAACUUUUUUUGAUGUGUUAUAUGUAUCUGACUGUAUGUAAUUAAUGGCAGCUAAUACUGUUUCGUUAGAAUGGUAUAGUUGCCUCAGUUUUCUUUGUAGUUUACUGAUGCAACUCCAUAUUCCAUGUGCAAACAGUAUUCUAACUUAUUUUGGGUCAGUAGAUAGACUUCUAUGUUUGUGAAAAUGGGUCAUGCUGUAAGGAAACUGCAGGCUGUCUGUUAAAUGCUGAUAACAUUGAGUUCUGUUCUGAGAUAAAAAAGACCUUGUAGAGAUCUGCUAGUGAAUAGUUUGAAUUCCAUGUGUGUAUAAACCUGAACUCCCUCCUUGGGUUCUCCACAUGAAGUCUGUUUAGUUCACAAGAGUUUAUGAAAUAAAAUUUUCUUUAUAUCACA